AUGAAAUCCAUUAGUGAAAAAAAACCUGCCGCAAUAUUAGAAAAUCAAAUACAGAAUCUAAUUUUCAAUGCUGAAAUGAAACAUUAUAGUACUCACUCUGUUCAUACUCAGCCAGGUCAUACUAAGCCUUUUUUCUUUCAAAAUCCUCAAAUGCCAUCUAAUUACCUUCCUCAUAACAGUCUCCAGAAUAAUCACACCUAUCAACAAAUCCCAGCACAAUAUUCAUACCAAAAUAUGCCAUUCACAAAUGUUGAAAACACUUCAAAUCAACAACUUCAGUCAGUAUUUAUACCUCCAGAACAAAAUUCUUUGUGUGAUACAGAAGUUUUUCAACCAUUACCGAAUACAAGUAUGGAUUAA